CUCACCCGAACUUGCUAGUUAUUCUGUAAAUUCAUUAGAAGAUGUUGCACAAGGAAAACAUAGUUCCAUGUUUUGUGUGCGGCAAACAAUGCCAGAUUUAAGAUCGAAGCAAAUAUCUUCUGAAACAUUUCCCGACAAACAAGCACACAGCAGGGGAAAACCUGCAGAUGGUGAUAUUCUGAGGACUUUAGAAGACGACACCAGUGGUUCUUCUGAUGCAGUUAUGAUGCAAAGUAAGGAAAUCAGUUCAACAAAAAGGGACUUUAGUCUAAGAUUUCAUUGUAAAGAGAAGAACCGCCAACACUAUGACAGUUCUGAGAAGCAAGAUAUUUGUCUGGAAAGUAAUGUGACAGAUAUUCAGCCUUUGCUAUGUUCUUCACCUGUAAAAAAAGAAAGUGUAAAAGAUGGAAAUUUCACCAGGGACUCGAAUAUUGUCCAAUCAUCACUUACCAAAUAUGUUACGUUGAAUAAGAGAAAGCAUGAGAGUAUUAGUUCACCUCUGACUGAAGUUCCUGUGCUGAGAAAUGGAUCUAUAUGUUGCCAAUCAACUGACACAAAAUGCAGCUCAUUCUCAACUCCUGCAGAAAAAUAUAAUAUGGUUGAUGUUUGCGGUGAAGAUAACCAAAAUAAGUCUGGAUCUUUAACCUUAUCUAAAUUGGGUAAAAUUGUUAAUCAUAUGACGAAUGGGAUACCCAGCACAGACAAGAUUCACCAAGGAGAGAUCAUAAAGGAAAGAAAAAGUGAAAAAAAAGAUUUGUCUUCCCCCAGUUCAAUAUUAGCUGCUUCAGAACAACCUUGUGGUUUAUCAUCAUAUUCUCAAAAGGUUCCCCUUGACUCAAAGAUUGGUCCUACCAUGCAAUUUAGUCUUAAAGACUUGAUGGAAAGAAGGAAAUGGAGGCUUACAAGAUUACGAACCAGCACCCUUUCCUCUAGGAGUAUUGAACCGAAAAGGGGAUAUGCUGCAGCAUCAUUGGACCUCUCUCAACCACUUAAUGAAGAGGGAAAAACAAAAGCCUUGGCUGCUGCGGCUACUGAGUUGGAAAGGAUGUUCAGGAAAGAAAACUUUGCUCAAAUGAAGGUCAUUGGGCAAUUCAAUCUUGGGUUUAUUAUUGGCAAGCUAGAUCAAGACCUUUUUAUUGUGGAUCAGCAUGCUGCAGAUGAAAAGUAUAACUAUGAACGCUUGUCGGAGUCAACAAUUUUAAAUCAGCAACCUUUGCUCCGGCCAUUGAAGAUGGAGUUAUCUCCUGAAGAGGAAAUAAUUGUUUCCAUGAACAUGGACACCAUAAGGAGAAAUGGUUUUACAUUGGAAGAAGAUCUAUACGCUCCUCCUGGACUUCGAUUCCAUCUAAAGGCAGUUCCUUUCAGUCAAAACAUAACUUUCGGAGUAGCAGAUGCAAAGGAGCUGAUUUCUAUCCUUGCAGAUGAUGGUAGUAAUGCUCAACGUAGUUAUAGGACCGAUGCAUGUGAUUCGGUGUGCCCACCUAGAGUGCGUGCAAUGUUGGCUUCCCGCGCUUGCAGAACAUCCGUUAUGGUUGGAGAUCCACUAGACAGAAAUGAGAUGCAUAAGAUACUGGAGCAUUUGGCACGCUUGAAAUCGCCUUGGAACUGCCCCCAUGGGAGACCGACCAUGCGUCACUUGAUCGACUUGAACACCGUACGUAAAACAGUAGUAGAAGACCCUGACGCAACCUUCUGAACUUACUCCAACCAUUGUGUGUUUUCUCGAUUGGAGGGAAAAAAGCGAAGAAGGGUAU